AUGAGUCUAAUAUCUUCACCAUCAUCUACAAGUUUACUAUCGAAUAGUUCAUCAGCAACCACGUUAUCACCACUACGGAAGACUAAAUUUGAUGAUCGAUCCAAAACCAAAACUGGGAUUUCUUUAAGAUUAUAUUCAUCAACCGAUACAGCUUUGAGCAAACCUAAAAAUGAUUCUAAUAUAAAUGAUGAAGAAAUUGGUGAGACUACUUUGAAAGAUAUUUUUAAAUGGAAUGAAAUGAAUGAUAUUUCAAAGAUGAUCAAUUCACAUGAAUUUAUUCAGAAAUAUGGGAAUUUUCAAUUUUUUAAAUCAAAUUCAAUCUAUAUUGGGUUAGUCACUACUGGUGCUAAGAUCAUUAUAUUUAAUUAUAGACAAGAAAUUGAAUUUGUAUUAAGUAUAAAUACAGAAGAAUUAUCUUUGAUUACUUGUAUUUCAUUUUCAGGAGAUUGUUCCCAUUUAUGUGCUGGAUUUGAAGAUGGUUCAAUAAAGAUUUGGAAUUUGAAAAAUGGUGGUAAUGAAGAACAAGAGAUAUUGCCCAUUUAUGUUAUUUAUCCAAUUAGUUUAAAGUCAAGAUUCGUUCAAAACGUCCAAGGACAUAUUAUAAAUACUAAGAUUACUUUUGUUUCAUUUGUUGGAGAAUCAAAUUAUGAGAUUAUUUCAAUUGAUGAUUCGGGAUUGAUAUUUUUCCAUCAUGGAGUUAAAAAAUUUAUGAAUUUGAUUUAUACAAGUAGUAAAUUAUUAGGUAAAAAUGAUGCUAAUUUGAAAGAUGAAAAAUUUAAGAUCCUAAAUUGUGAAAUGUUACCUUUGGGUUCAUCAGUUGAAAUCACUGAUAAAAUGGGUAUAAUGGCAAUAAUGACGUCUGAGAUAUUGACAAUAAUAUCUACUAUUUCAUUGAAUGAUCCUAAGAUUCCAUUUGUUAAACAACAUUUCAAAAUUGGAAAGUCAAAAAAGGUGCAAGGAACUUCAUUAGAUACUUGUUUAAGCUGGUUUCCUUCAAUGAAAACAUCCAAAGGUGUAACCACAAAUGCUAAACUAUGUUAUGUAUGGAAUAAUGUAUUGACGAUAUUAGAGUUAGAAAAUCAGGUAUUCUCUAAUAAAGUGCUCAAAUUGAUUAAUGAUUCUAAAGAUAAAAAUAAAGUUUUGUCCAAGUUACCAAUUAAAAUGACAUGUAGAUGGGUCAGCAAUCAUGGAAUUAAAUCAGUCAAAUGGAUUCAAUCAGAUAUAAUAUGUGUAUUCACUGAUAAUCAUGAAAUGAGAACCUUUUAUUACAUGGAUGAGAAUCUAACUGCUAUUGCUAAUGAUUCAAUUGAUUCAACUUUCCAAAAUAUAAACGUGUCUAAAAGAAGAAUCAUUUGUAAUACUUCAUCCAAAAACUUAUUUAUUGGUCAACUGUUGGGAUGGGCUGAUAUAUUAGUUAAUAAAUUAUCCGAAGAAGCAUAUGGAGAUGCUUUAUCUAUAGCAGAUAACUAUUAUAAUUCAACUAAUCCAGGAAAAUUAACAAUUAUUGGAUUGCCAAAGGAUAAAAAACAACGUGGUGAAUUAAUUCAACCAUAUCUUGUUAAAAUAAUGAAGGAAUCCUUACCUCAUUUAUUUAGUGAUUCAGAUAAAAAGUCAUAUAUUUUAUUGUGUUUGAACAUUAUUGCUUAUAUCAACGAUGUUGAAUUACUUGAACAAUUGUAUGAAACAGUCAACGAUGAUCAGAUAUAUUUCCAUAGUUUAGAAUGGUUCAUUCUAAGUGGAAAUAUCAUAUCAUUACCUCCUGUUGUACUUAAAAAAUUGGUUCAGUAUUACGUUCGUGAACAAAACGGUGAUUUAUUAACUGAGAUUAUUUGUACCUUGGAUAUUGCAACUUUGGAUAUUGAUUUAACUAUUCAAUUAUGUAAAGAAUACAACAUGAAGGAAUGUUUGAUUUAUAUUUGGAAUUUCGUUCUUCAUGAUUAUGAAACUCCCUUGAUUGAGUUCUUAAAAGAGAUAGACAAAGGUGGCGAUGAUGUAAGAGUUUACACCUAUAUGGCAUAUAUAUUGACUGGUAGACAAUAUCCGACUGAUAGAUUUAUUGAAACCAAGUUAGGAGAAGAAGAUAUUGCUAGAAAAUCCAUUUGUGAUAUUUUAUUCUCAAGUACAUCAAUUCCUAACAUCCCUUGUGUUAAUCCAGAUACAAUUUUCCCCUAUUUAUUUACUCUUUUGAAAUUUAAUUCCUUUGAAAUGUUAUCCACAUUGAAUGAAUUCUUUGAAGAUCCUUUUCUUAAUGAAGAUCCCCGAUUGACAAGGCAAUAUUUAAUUGAAACAUUAUUGGAUAUUUAUGAAAUUAAUGAAGAAGAAUUUACACCAUUUGAUAAAUGUCAAUUACUGAUUUUCAUUAGUAGAAAUUAUCCGAAAUACAGUCAAUUUUUAAGAUUAUCAGAAAGUACACUUUUUGAAGUUAUUGAUAAUUUGUGUCAAAAUAAAAAUCCAGAUAUUGUUGACGAUUGUGAAUUGGGUUUACUGAGUUUAUUACCUGUUUAUGAUGGUCAAGAUUAUGAUGAAUUUAUAAUUGAAAAAUUAGAAAUGGCCAAAUAUUACAAUGUUCUUAUAAGUAUAUAUAAACUGGAAGGGAAAUAUUCCAAUGCUUUAGAAACUUGGUUGAAAAAAGUGAACCAAGAACAAGUGGUGGAUGCAGAAGAAGAAGGAAGUCAAUUGACUAAUUUACUUGAGAGUUCAUUUAAUUCAAGUAAGAAUGCAAGUGAUAGGUUGAAUUUAGUUAAAAUCAUUCGUGAGAAUUUUGCUAAAUUUAUGAGACUAGAUGAUCAAUUUGUCAGUUUAAUUGAAAAAUUUACACCUAACUUACAUCUUGAAGUGUUGAAAGUUAAUCAUGAUGAUGAUGUUUAUGUGUUUAGAUAUCUUCGUGAGUUGUUUAAGAUAUCUCUGGCUGAUUUAGCUCCUUAUUUAACUAGAUAUAUUGAAUUGAUGGUAGUACAUGAUAAGGAUCAAGUUGUACUGUUUAUAAAUCAGUGGAAGGAUAAGCUAGAGUAUGAUGAGAUAUAUGAUAUUUGUGAAAAGAAUGAAAUCAUUGAAGGGAAAACUAUAUUGUUGGUUAGUAAACACGAAUAUGAAAAGGCAUUGAAUGUGAUUAUUAGCUCUAUGGUGGCUGAUCGUCCUAUAUCAAAUGAGACACAAGAGGAUUUUUCUAAAUUAUUAAGGUUAUCAUUUUCUACUAUUGAAAAUAAUGAGAUUUCCCAAGAAUUGAAUCAAAAAUUGUGGAUUGUUUUAAUUAAUCAACUUGUUGAAUUAUCUCAUGAUAUGGAAAUACAUGAUUUUAUAAAUGAAUGUAUUCAUGAUUCAUUUAUUUUUAUAAAUAAUUGUAAAAAUGAUUCUACAUUUUUUGAAAUUUUAAACAAGUUCAUCAUGGAAGAUUCAAAUAAUGAUCAAAAAACCAUAAGUAAUAUUAAGAAAAUUUUACAUCAAGUAUUUAUUAGUUAUUCAACCGAUUCAGAAAUUUUGAAAAUUAUCAAAUACAUGUUGAAUAAAGAUAUUUUUAAAAAAAUGAAUGAAAUCAAAUUGAAAACAUUAGAUGGUUGGAUAAUUGAAACAUUAAAUUGUUCAUGUUGUGAUGGGAAACUAGUUGGGAAAGGUAUUGAUUUAAAUAAUCAUUAUUUAGCAUUUGAGCAAAAUGAAAAACAAAAAAUUUGGAAAUCAUCAUCAACAACAUGCAAUGAUUUUGAAGAAUUGAGAAUUAUAUUUUUUAAUUGUGGACAUGGUUAUCAUAAGAAAUGUUUAAAGAAUUUACUGGUUGAUAAUUAUUGUAUAGUCUGUGAUAAAUAA